CAAUACAGAAUGUUAAAGAGUAUGAAACUCUAAGGUACAAUCACGUAUGGAGUUCACCAUACCUCUUCUGAAACUAGACUUCGUUCCACCUCCGAUUGCCAUCAUGGUAGUUAGACCAAGGAUCCCCGAGUACACCAUCCAAGAUGCGAAGCUCAACGUCGACGGCCUCAACCUCAACCUAAUGAUCUCCUCAACUUUAGAGAACCGCAACAAACAUAUCUUCUUGAGGUCUGAAAAUGGUGGAUCUGCUAAUGUCUACUACAACCACUUUCUCUUUUCUCGGCAGUUGUUAGAGCCAUUCAACCUUGCAGCUCAAGAGAAAAAUAUCGAUACAAUGAGUUUCUUCACGACCAUUCCUGAAAACAAGCUCUCUCUCCAACACCAGAUUCAGAAGGAGAUGCAGAACAACACCUUCAAGCUCAAGAUUGAAACCAACUUCAAGCUCAAGGCUCGGUGGGCUUCGUUGCACUACGCCUUCGUUUUGCAUGGGAGAUGCAACUUGCAAAUGUCGUCUAACGGAUCUCCAAUCAAGAAACGUUGCAGCAACAUGAUAAGAAUUUGAAGGUUUGUGCUUUGACUAUGUGUUUCUUGAUUUAUAUUCUUCUUGAUUUGCAUCUCUAGUUAAACAAAAUCUUUUACUUUUC